AUGGGUCGCGUAAAAUCUAUUGCUCAAAGAAAGAAGAAAACAGCCAACCCUUCUUCUAACCAACCUUCCCCUCGCACUGAGAACCCUUCUCCAAAUCCACAGCCUGUAAAUACUGGGAAGGGCAAGCAGAAACUUCCAGAACACCCUGAGCCCAUACUCGAGUCGUCUGAUGAGAACGUCAUGCCUUCCGACGACGCAUUUGAUCUAUAUAGCCAACCCAAAACCACUGCUCCUGCAAGCAGGAAGAAGGAAAGCAGACGACACCCUGGGGAAGGUAGCAGCAACCCUUCCAAGAAAAGGGCGAGGACUGAGGACCUUCAUGCACCUGCACCAUCCAAGGAAACUACUCCUCCUCCAGCUCCCAUUGACCAAACUCCUCUACCAGCUCCCGUCGACUCGACUCCUCCACCAGCUCCUGUCGACCAGAAUCCUCCUGAUCAGUCAGGAAAUACUCAAGGAGAGGCUACCAUAAACAUAGCCUUCAAUUAA